UCUGCUUUGACCAACCAAUACUAUAUUGAAAUAAUUAAGUUCGAAUUUGCUCUUCGUAAUUUCUUGAUCUCGCCAAAAACAUGCAAGUUUUUCUCGUCACUGCGCUGUGUGUAUUAUGUACGUUCAGUUUAAAUAUUGAUGAGCCACACGUAACGACUCCAUUGGGAAGAAUCAAUGGGUAUAGCAAAAUAGCAUACGAAGGACGUCAAUAUGUUGCUUAUGAAAGCAUCCCAUAUGCAUUACCACCAAUUGGAGAUCUUCGUUUCGAGCCACCGGUUCCGGUACCUGCUUGGACAGAACCUAUCGAUGCCCUAGGUUUGCCAAAACCCUGUUCGAAAUACGAACCGCCUCCCGAGGAAAGUAGCACCGGCGUUGAAGAUUGUUUAUACAUAAACAUAUAUACACCGGCAAAAGACGAAAAAGAAUCGCUACCAGUUGUAUUUUACAUUCAUGGAGGUGGAUUUCAGUACGGAACAAGUUCAGACUAUCGAGAGAAAUAUCUCAUGGAUAGAAACUUAAUUUUGGUUACUUUUAACUAUCGAGUUGGACCGCUUGGAUUUUUGAGUACCGGAGACGAUGUCGUUUCUGGAAACAUGGGGCUCAAAGACCAGUCUCUCGCUCUUCGUUGGGUAUCCGAAAAUAUUCAAUACUUUGGAGGUGAUCCUAAAAGGAUAACUUUGGCAGGUGACAGCGCCGGUGGUGCCAGCGUCCACUAUCACUAUCUGUCACCUUUGAGCCGCGGACUGUUUCAGAAUGGAAUAUCUUUUAGCGGAACUGCAUUAGCGCGAUGGGCUUUUACGCCCGAUACCUCGAACACCACCAAGAUUCUGGCUAAAGCUUUGAAGUGUCCAAUAAAUAAUUCCUUGGCCACCAUUCAAUGUUUGAGAAAAGUACCUGCUACGGAUAUAACUCGGGCAGUUAAAAAUAUGUUGUCCGACUUGUACUUCUCAUACGUGCUGUUUCCACCAGUUGCUGAGAAAAUUCAUGAUGAUUAUUUCAUUAAUGACACGCCAAAAAGCAUUAUUGAGCAAGGCCGUGCUUUGGACUUGCCAUGGAUUACCGGAGUUGUCAGUGAAGAGGGACUUUACAUAACUGCUGGUUUUGCACUGAAAGACGAUAUGCUAAAACAUACUGAUAAGAACUGGGAAACCAUAGCACCUUACAUGCUACAUUUUGUAAAUAACAUUCCUGAAGACCAACACGCCAAAUUUGCAAAAUUGGCAAAGGUACAUUACUUUAGCAAUAAAAACUUUAGUACAAGCAGAAAUUUAGUUAAAACUUUGACACACAUGACCGGGGAUGAUCAAAUCGUUACUGGGGCAAUUAGAGCUGCAAAGUUGCAAGCACGAGUAAACAAAAGUCCUGUGCGGUUUUACUACUACAGUUACAGAGCUGCACAAAGUUUCAGCGAUGGACUUUCGAAUACUACCGAGAACUUAGGUGUGUGCCACGAUGAUGAUGUUUUCAUAGUUAUGGAGAACGACUACGUAGACCCAACAACUACAGCAAAUGACAGAGCCAUUUUACGAGACAUGCUUGAUCUUUGGGAAUCGGUAGCUAAGACUGGCAUACCAGAUUUAGGUACGCAAUGGCCACAAUUGAAUGCUUCCUCCAGAAACUUCGAAUACAUGCAUAUGGCUGGUCCUGGAAACUUUACCAUAGAAACUAAUAAUAAUUUAGGAGAAAUUCAAUUCUGGGAUAAAAUAGGACUGUAAUUAGCCUCAACAAGUACAUUUAGUCAACGCCAAUGUAUUAAUAUGUGCAACUGAUAUUUUUCUUCAAAACCUCAUUCAUUUUAAACAUGGGUAAUCGCAGACUAAACAAGUUACGUUUGCAAAAUAAAUGUUAGGAUCAAUAACACAUUAGGCGUUUCUGAAGCGCUGCUUAUAAGGGUCAGUUGGAGGUAAAAAGUCUCUUGAAUACAGCAAAACCUCGUUUAACCUCAAUAAAUGAGUAAAAUCAGUGUUGGUAUGGAACAUUUCCUAGAUUAUUAGAAUAAAUAGAAUUGUUGUUGAAAUAAAAUGUAUAAUAAUUUAUAUUUUGUGUAAGUUCAUACUUUGUAUAGCCUUUUUAACAAAAGUAUAUCUCACGAGUAAAUCAUAAUUAGUAUGUAUUGAUCUAUUUCGUUGACGAACCAUUGGCAAACAGAGCAUCUUGGUUGCUCUAUUUAUCAAAAGGAUAGACUCUGGUAGAUUAACGAGUCCUGCUAGUAUGGCUAAGAUCACAUUGAGCAAUCGCUCAUUUCAUCUAAAAGAAUUUUAACUGAAAUAUGUUUGAUUUCAGGCAAAAAACAGACUCAUAACUCUCUGUUAGUUUCUGUCGGUGCAUGUAGAAAACGUUAUUGAUUGAGAUUGUAAACACUGAAGUUACCGAAAAAAAUCUUAGGGGCGAUGUCAAAACUCCCAAAUGACAAAAAGCCCAAAAAUAUUUCUUCGCGAUUCGAGUGAUGAUCUUACGCUCAAUUCAUGCACUGUAAAACUGAUCUUAGGGUUCUUCGCUAAUUCGUUAACGAUUUUUGGACGUAUCUAUAUUAAAUUACUUAAUAACUACUUAAGAACUUCUUAACGUUUCUAUCAGGGGAUUUUUCUGAUAAUAAUGUUUUCCUUUUGAUCGAAAUCAAAUUUUCUUUUUAGUUUAUCAUUUGUCCUAUUCUAAAAACGGAUGGACUGAUCUGAUUGCUCUUCAAAUAACUAAUAUAAAGCGAAUUAUAACAUCCCUUCUUAGAAGCAGAGCAAGGGAUAAAUCUUUCACAAUAUUAUAUUAUGGAUAUAACUUAAUGCACAUAAGUAGGACUUUUUCUUGAAAAAUAGAUUCUAAUAUAGGACAGGGUGUAGACUAUCCUUGUCAAUUAUUCUUAAUACAAAAAAUUAAUUUUUUGAACUGGAAAUUUUGAUUUUUAUCAAGCACAGUUUAGUUGACUAUCUAUAAUAUCUGUACACGUGACUAGAUCACUAUCAAGCACGAAAGAUAAUGGCAAUAGCAUAUAACAACCAUUUUUCGUAUAAAAUCUUCAGAAUGUGUAGUUACUUUAAGCAACAAUAAGUACUAUAGGUCGCAAUAAUUAAUUUAAAUUAUAUUUUCACAUAAACAUGCGAAUUAUUUCGACUAUUGUAUUAUGUGCAUUAAGUACAGUAUCUAGUAAAAAUGUUAUUAAUUCACAAAUCACGACUUUAUCAGGAAAAAUCAACGGAUAUUAUAAAACCUCAUACGAAGGACAUCAAUAUGCGGCAUGCGAAGGUAUCCCAUACGCAUUACCGCCAAUUGGAGAUCUUCGAUUCGAG